AAACGCCCUUUAAAGGUGAGGAUAAUGAUGGCCGAAAGUACGUGUAAAGACAAACUUGCUGUCUACAGUUGUCCGAUUUGUUUAGAAAAGAUAAAUGGACCAAAAUGCCUCCCUUGUUUACAUACUUUUUGUGAAAAAUGCCUGCAGACUUUUAUAUCUAGGGCUUCCGUGGGGAAAGAUCCAGAGAAAUUCGACUUUGAGUGUCCUGUAUGCCGUCGUGUCACAGGUCGACCAGAACCAGGGAUUACCGUGGAUGAAUGGGCGAAAUUUUUUCCCACCGACAUAUUGGUCAACUCAUUAAUGGAUUCGAAUGAUAAAGAAAAAGAUCAAUCCUGUGCCAUUUGUCUACGAGAUAACAAAAAAAGUAAGGCGGAGUCUUGGUGCCAUGACUGUGCAGAGGCUAUAUGUAGUUCUUGUAAACAUCUACAUCAAAUAAUUGCUUCACUUCGUAAACACAAAAUUUUAGCAUUAAAUCUUGACGAGAAAGAUGACCAGUUUAAUUUCCCGGAACUGGACGAGCCCUGUCAUUUGCAUCAAGGCAAAUAUGUUGAAGUGUUUUGUUUGGAUCACGAAACUCUUUGCUGCAGCGUUUGCUUUGCAACGCAACAUAGACACUGUGAACAUGUGGAAGCUUUGGAUGAAGUUUCUAAAAAUAUGCCCAAAUCAGUCGUGGAAUGGAAUAUUGACGCUCUUUCAAAAUUAUCAAAGAUUAUAGAAGAAACUGCAGUACACAAGGAAAAUGAAAUAUUGCGCAACAAUGCCAAAAAGGAAGAAAUUCUGAAGAACGUAUCCACAGAAAUUGCGAAUAUUAAAACUAAAUUCGAUGACUUACAGCAACAGUUUGAAAAAUCCUUCCUGAAGAAGCAUGACGAUAUUGAGGAGAAACUCAAACAAUGCAUUUUUGACAUGAAGCAAUACCUCCUAACUGUCAAAAACGGAGGGACCCUUCUUUCUGCAGUUCAAAAGGGAGACUCCAGUAAGCAAACGUUUCUGUGCGCAUUAAAGAUAUUGAGAGAUGUAGACCAACAGUUUGAACAUUACAAAGCAAGAAACGCAGAAGACGAAGAGUACGAUUAUGAACACGAUCACACAACCAUUCUAAAACAGAUUUGUGAGCACGAUAAAAUAGAUGACGUCACAUUGUUAACAAGACCAUCAGGGAAUAUUUGGAGUUUGUCAAAGUAUUUUUCAGCAUUUCCGAUCUUUGAGAACAUGGAUAAAGAAAAGACAUCAGCAAUGUUUGAGAAUUUACAAAACCCCUUUUCUCUAAAAGCAGUGAAAAAAUUGGAAUUUCAGCUUCCUACUCCAGCACAACAAGGCAUAUUUAUAAACAGUGAAACACUUGCAAUGAUUUCUUCGUCAAAUUCCCUGCUAUUCUACAACCUUGCCGAUGGAACUUCAAGGCUAUGUAAUCCUCCUUUGGAAAUAGCAGGAAACCCUUUUUUAAGUUCCGGACAAACAAGAGAUACAUUUUACAUCAGCUGUCUGUCCAAAAUUCGAAAGUUGAAGAUAAAAAACAUAAAAGGCACAACAAGUGCCACUUGUAUCAGAGAAAUAGAUCUAAAGCAGGAUUUUUGCGUUUUUGAUGUAGAUGAGGAACAUAACAGGAUCGUAAUAGCAUCCACAACUCAGGUGACUAUCUUUUCACUUUCCCCUAUAUUAUCAAUUACUAACACAAUCACCUUCCAGAAUCCACAAACGGCUCCUGUACUGGCUCUGUCGAAUACCUGUGACCGGCUUGCUAUUGUGGGAGGAAAUAAUGAGGUGGUUUGUUUUUCAAUCACUGGAGAGGAAAUAUUUCGGCAUCAACAAAAAGAUAAAGACAUCCUUCACUGUUUGUUAUUUGAUCCCAAGAAUAAUAUGUACUCAUUGUAUUGGAAAUAUCCAAGGUGUGAAAACUUUGCUGCAUCAUGUGGUAGCUGUAGGCGCGUAGGGAGUAAUAGAAAAGUUAUAUGUAGAAAUUAUUCUUUAUCUGACAAAGGCGCCGUUUGUAACAAUAGUCGCCAAUUUACUUAUAACAAUUGUGAAAAUUGCGGAGAAACACCAAAUGUACAUCUGAAAAAUGGCGAAGUUCUUCAAAUUGCGCAUGACGGUAGUAGUGGUCGGUGUUUUAUAUCAAAUUGUCCUUUGGGCGAUUUCAUGUUUUUCAAUCAAGCAUAUGAUGAUCUUUUUAAUGCUGAUGGAAUGAAGUGUAUUGUCUAUACGCUUGAUAGCUGA